AUGGCGGACUUCAGUCAAGCAGUAGAGGCAGCGAAGCGGGCAUUGGGGAUUGAUGUUAUAUUGAAAGAAAAGCAAACAGAAUCGUUAAGACAUCUUUACAUAGGAAAGGACGUUAUAACUGUAUUACCAACUGGGUAUGGUAAGAGUCUUAUCUACCAGCUGCUGCCAUGGAUGUUUCAACUGAAGCAUGACCAGGAGACACCUAUGGUUGCUUUGGUGAUUUCCCCACUCACUUCACUGAUGGAGGAUCAGGUCAUGGAGGUGCGGGAGAAAGGUGUCUCUGCAUGCUUCUUGAACAUCCAUGGCAGUGGUGGUAGAUACACUCAGAUGACUGCCUCUGUAGACGACGACAGUGACCUACUUGAGGAAGAUGUGUACCUUUUGAAGGGUGUUAGUCUAAACGAGGUAGCGAGGGGAGAUUUCACAAUUUUGUAUAUGCAUCCGGAGGCUUUGGGAAACAAGACAUUACAGGGAAUUUUGCGUUCAAGUACAUAUUCCAACCGUGUGUGUGCCAUAGUAGUAGACGAAGCUCAUAUGGUAUCAGAGUGUAAAUAUGGAGAGCCGGCCAUAACGCCCUCUAUGUUCCAACACAUCAUGUUAAUUGAGUCAACCAUCAUUGAUUUGGUUGUAAAAGACUUGUCUCGGAACCCAUUCUCUCAUACCGAUUCCGCUAGGCCAGAAGCCACCAGCCGAUAUGAUUCCGACGUCCUCUGA